AUGCCCUCUCUGCCACUUGAUGCUCCGGCACCGAUUAAUCCUUCUUCCGCAUCUCCGAGACCAGAUAGUGCCAGCCGCAAGCGUGCCCGGCCAACGAAAUCGUGCCUAGAAUGUCGCCGGAAGAAACUCAGAUGCGAUCGAGUUCAACCAUGCAUCCAGUGUACGAAGUUAGGCAGAGAGGCAUUGUGUGUCUAUGCCCAUGGGCCGUCGGGGACGCCUGAUGCUAGAGGGAACAGUGGCCAGCAGGGAAGUAACAAGAGGCCGAGAGUUGAUGUGUCCAAGCUGGCUUCUUGGGGGCAAACAACGGGCAUUCCACCCGAAGGUGGCCGGUCGAUUGCAAGUGAUGAUAAGGCAGGGAGUAGGCUCAUUGUAGAGCAAGGCCCUGUACGAAAUACCAACAACACCUGGGAGAACCACCGCGAUUUAUCAUCAUCCUUGGGACGGAUUUAUGUCGAGGGCGCCAGCUCCCGAUAUGUCGGACUUGGAGACAGAAUGACAUUAUUAGAUCACUUUGAAAGUGAGAAGGAUUUUAUUAUGCGAGGCCUUUCGGAGCCCGGGCUUUCUGCCAUGAUCAACGAGAUGGCGACAUUUCAAAAAACCUUUCACCCGAAAACAAGACCAGCUGCCCAGUCUCCAGAAAAUCGCCCUACAAUAGCGGCAGAGAUGCUCAAUUGUCUACCCGAAGACUCUAUCAUUGAAACUCUCACGACCAGAUAUGGUUCUAAUCUAGAGAAUGUCCUCAGAGUGUUGCAUCUGCCCACUUUCAUCAAGCAAUGUGAUGAGAUCAGGGCCGUUCGAAAAUCUCAAAUGGCUAUUCCGUCAAGCCUCCCUGAAUCAGCCCUAGUACAGCUACUAGGUGUCCUAGUAAUUGCCUCGCGGCUAAAUGACUCUCGUGACACAGCCCUAGUAGCACAACAAGUCCACCAAGGUCAAAUCACCUCAUUUCUGAAUCUGAUCCGGCGGUGGCUAGAGUCACUAAAAGGAAAACAGCGGAUUACUCUACCUGUACUCCAAGCUCAGACGUUACUUCUCAUCGCCAACACUAUAAACAAUUUUUCCAUGGCCGAGCUCUGGAAAGAAUCGGGUAACCUAGUGCGCAUAGCCAUGAUUAUGGGGCUUCAUAGGGACCCAGAAGAUGUAGCAGAAAUGUCGAAAUUCGAGAAGGAGCUAAGACGAAAAAUUUGGCGGACGAUAGUCGAACUAGAUUUGUGGUUCUCGCUGUCAACUAGUUUGCCCCCUGCAAUUGAACCAUCGGGCUUUAAUUCCAAGCCUUUGGUUCAUGUUGACGAUGGCCAGUUGACGGAAGACAUGACCGAGUACCCAGCACCAUUUCAGCCAAGCGAAUGGUCCGAUGCCUUGCCCCAAAUCAUUUUGGGACAGUCGCUCAAAGAACGCCUCCACGCCGCAAAUAUGCUUUCGAAAAACAUCAUUAUUAGCAGGGAUGCUGAAGAGCUUGUCGUGUUAGCCAAGAGUCUCGAGGGGUCUCUCCAUUUUCUACACAGUAAACUACCUACACGGUCUAAAAAGAGACACACGCUAUUUUCAGACAUCAUGCUAGAUAUCCAUUUGCGAAGACUGCCGUUAGCGCUUUAUCGGAUAGUUGCUCUGAGCGACCACGCCACGCGAUUCCCGGAAGCUCGAAGGGGAGCUCUCAGAGGCUCUAUAGCAACCCUCUCGCAUAGUGAUGCGCUAGAUCCCACUGUUGCUGAUUUAGAUACGAUAAAAUCGAGGGAUUAUUUGAAUCUCUUUCAUAUCGUAUGCAAAAUGGAUAUCAUCCAAGCUGCAUUGCUGCUAUGUUACGAGAUUCGUGCAUUCAGUUCAUCUAGAAAUCAAACUUCAGCGGAGACAGAUGAUGAGUCGGUCCAGUGGACCAAGCACAGUUUGACGCGCAUCGUCGAGAACACGCUGAACAGUUACUUCCAAAGACUCGGAGAAUUUGGAAGCGAUCUCAAGAUUAUCCUACCAUUAUCCAUUGUACUUCAAUCGGUCAGAUCAGAUGGUACUCCAGAGGGGAAACGGGAAUUGAUGACUAAGGGCACUGAGCGGGUGUUACUAGCAUGUCGCAAGGCUCUCCCCGAGGUACAAUCCAAUCCUCAUACCUAUAAUGCUCCCGCCGCUCAAGGUGUACAGUUGCAUCAUACACCUACAUCAGACCUCGGUCCUGGUCCUGGUCCUGGCGAGAAUUGGAACCCUCAACAACCCCAGGUGCCACUUCAAUACCAGAAUCGUCCCCCUCAGUCAUCCAACCCCCAGUUUAAUAACUUUAAUCAAAUACCGCAAAACAACUUCCCCAUGACGAAUUUCGACUUUGGUUUCUCAGAUUGGGAUAUGGGUCAGCCGUGGUUCUAA